CAAAAACAAUUGGUUUAAAGUGCAUGAGCCUCACCUAAUUUCAAAACAUUCCGCCGCCCCUGAGCCCACCCACAUCCACACCCACCUAUACUCACUAUUACCUAUUGCAUUUGCAUUCACUUACGAGUAGGAAUCCAUUGAAGUUGUUUGACAAAUAAGUAAAAGAGCAGCAAAGAGUAUAACGGUCAUCAGUUUUGAAUUUGUGUGUUUGUUUAGUGUUACGUUAGGUGGUUGACAGACAAUUCUCUACUUUUCCUUUGCUGUUUCAUCUUCUCCGGUUUUUUGCAUUUUGGCUUAGUCUUGUCGUCUGUAGCAGACAUAGAAAUUAUAGUGGGGAGAUGGAAAUAAAUCACACAAGAAGUGAAAGCAAAGGGAGUGUAGAUUGGGUAUUGGCGCGGAUGGUGUGUGUGAAUCAUUUACGCACGCAGCGACAUCUACAUCCACACCCACACAUCUCAAGAUGUGUUUUUGAGACUAUAGUGUGACGUGAUAUUGUGCAAUACUGUCUACUCUUUUCUUCGUUCUUCUAUCGCAUCGAACUGAAAUCUACGACAAAGCUUAAAAUUUCUCGUUUCUUUGUUUCAUCUAUUGCUCAAUGAUGCUGUUUGUGUUGAAAUUUCCAAGUGUUCUUUAUUACAGUUUUAAUGAUAUGGUCAAAGAGAUUUCUUUUCUCGUUUUAAGAUUAACAACCUUUAUUACGAAAACACGUUUAUGUGUACAGGGAAAAAGAAAGGAAAAAGGAAGGUGGUUAUUCCUUGAUCUAUUCUCAUCUUACAGUAGGAUAUACUUGGAAAAAAACAGUUGGAGAAAGAUAGAUCAAAUAACAAGAGAAGAAGAGAAGUAAAGUACAAAGAAAGGAAAAGAACAUGAUCGAUAGAAUAGAAGGAAAAUACCAUAUGUCGGAAUAUGUACGACAUUUAGCGAACUAAUAUCUUAUUUGUUCGCUUACAUUCUUGCUUCUGCAUUUUUUUCCCAGUUUCUUUGGGUAUUUCCCACUUUAUGAACCUAUAUAUGGACAACGUUUGAAAAUAAAGAUUCACUGUUCUAUGAAGCAAUCGUUCUGUAAGAGUUUUCAUUCAAAAAAGCAAAAACAAGUGGCUGCACAACGGUUUGUAAAAAAAAACUUACUUUUCAUUUCUCUUUAAUGGUAACAUGACACCAGAGGAUGUAUUUCAUUCCCUAUUUUCUUCAAUAUUGAAUCAGAAAAUUUUUCUGUUUUUAUAUUCUAGAUAUAAAAGGUAUAACUAAUCUUAUAAUUUGUGAUAAUCUUUGGGAAAUGGCAACAAAUAACAUAUCAGAAACGGAUCUUGAUUCACACAAACGAAAAAUAUUUAUUCAAAAAUUAGGUACUGAUACAACAACACGAUCAUUAAAAGAUUAUUUCUCGAAGUAUCCAAUCGAGUGGUGUAAUGUUCCCACUGAUGAAUUAGGUAAAAAUAAAAGACAUGGCAUCGUCAUGUUUCACAGCAAAGAAAGUGUUGAUGCUGUAAUGUCACAACGUUACCAUCAAAUAGAUGGCAAAGAAGUUUUUAUUCAUCGAUCGGUCCCAAAUCAAGGACCACUGAAAGAUAAUAUAGAAAUUCAACGUUUGAUUGUUUCUAGUCCAAACAACCAACCAUUGGUCGAAUCUGAUAUCCACAGUUACUUUUCGCAAUAUGGUAAAAUAUCUGACAUUAGUCAUAUAAAAAAUGGAGAUAAUACAUGGGUCAUUCAUUUUGAUUAUUACGAUUCAGUCGAUCAAGUUCUUUUGAAUUCUCCACAUCGUAUUGGAGGAAUCGAUGUAAAUGUUACGAAACAUCAUCAAAAUUUCUUGCAUAGAAGCUCAGCUCCACCAGAACCGGCACCGCACACUGAUAAGAAUAACACUGAAGUAGGAUCGAAAAAAUCCAAUUUGAAACACGUGACUAUGAAUGAACAAGUAUCAUGUCUUAGUCUACCCACAAAAAAAUAUCGCAUUCAUAUUACAAAUUUACCGGCGAAUACAGAUGCCGAGACAUUAUCACAAGAAUUCGAUUGGGACAUUUAUGAUAUUGUUAUGAAUCCGUCCAACAAUGAUCGAGCAUUGUCAACAGAGUGUUGGCUGAAAAAUGCUAUUGAUGAAAGAGAAGUGAACAAUUUUGGUCAAAAGUGGAAUAAACAAAGCAUCAAAGGAUCAAUCAUUCAAUGUGAGAAAGAAGAAGAUGAAAUAGAAUUUUGUAAUAAAUUUCAGUUUGGUCGGUGUGAAAAAAGUAGUGACAAAUGUCAUUGGGAACAUAUACCUUGUACGGCAAAUGGUGCUUGUUCGUUGACUUGUCCUUAUGGUCAUGCAUUUGGAAUGAAGACAGAACAUGAUUCUCCAAAUAGUAAGUCAAAUUCUCAAUUAAUAAAACACAGAAAUAGGUUAUUGAAAAUGGAUAAAGAUGGAAUAUUGUAUAUUUGUUGUUUACAGGACACUUUCCACUGACUAUAUUUCGAUUUAAUAGCGAUUACAGGAAAAACUCUAUUCGUCCUUUCAUUAUUUAUUUUAGGAACCAGUACGGACUAUCGCAUCAAAAUAACUGGUUUUCAAACAGAAGUCACAUCCCAAAAUCUUACUCAGCGAUUUGGUUCAAACAAGUAUUAUGUCGAUCGAAAACAUGAUCGUAUUGACUACGUGGUCAAAAUCAAAACUAUGAAAUAUGCGAAACAGUUGAUGACCAAAUGGCAUAAUAAAAACAUUGAUGGUCAACUAAUCAAAUGUCAAUUAGAACUCAAUCCAAUCCUAUCCACUUAUCGUCAUCGCUCUCAAUCACGAGUAGCAUCGACUGAUGGAGAACAGAAACAUUACCGUUGCCGUAGUCGCCCACGAGAUGCUUCCAGUAUCCAAAGUAGUCAAGAAACGUCCGAUCUCGGUGAUACUGACAAAACUUUGUCAAUAACAUGUGACAACCGAGAAAUGGAUAGAGACCGUCGCAUUAUUCGCAAAGCUUUUACUGAUAUUACUCGAACUCCAUCGAAGACUAAUCUGCAUCAUGCAAGUUCAUCAGAAAGUAUCUCAACAUUGGUCGAAGCGAAAUGUAAGUUCUCUUGCACGAUUGAUUAGACGAGCUUCUAGACUAGAGUUCUAUGUUAUAGAUCAGUUACCAAGCGAUGUAUCCGCAGAUGAAUGGGAAAUAACAAAAAGCGCAUCGAAUAGCGAUGGAAAAGUAUUAUUAAUACGUGGCAAAGCAGAUCGAAAACGUCUAGCCGUAAUCAAGAUUUACCCAAAUCAAUCCUUGAAGGACUUGUAUCAAGAAAUAACUGUAAUGAAACAACUAAAGGGUAAGGUGAACAUCGAGGAAAAUACUUGUGAUCCACAACUAUAUUAAUCAUCU